CUACUAACAUAAAAUAGCUAGAUUUCUCAAACUGAUCAAAGAUGGAAGAAAAACAAAGAGAAGCAACAUGGCAGGAGGAAGAGGAACAAGCGGAAGUGGCUGUCUGGAAAUACGUAAUUGGGUUCACAGAAAUGGCGGUAGUGAAGUGUGCUAUUGAGCUUGGGAUAGCCGAUUCCAUUGAAAGCCAUGGAAGCCCGAUGACAUUAUCCGAGUUGUCGUCAGCUCUAGCAUGCGCUCCGUCCCCCCACUACCGCAUCAUGAGGUUUCUAAUGCACCGCGGAAUAUUCAAAGAGGAACUCACCACCGCCCAUGGCUCCCCAGGUUAUGCACAAACGGCUCUGUCACGUCGUCUGAUGAGACAUGGAGAACGUAGCAUGGCGGCUUUGAUUUUACUAGAAAGUAGCCCAUUGAUGCUGGCACCAUGGCACAGUUUGAGCGCCCGUGUUCUAGCCAAUGAGACUUCGCCAUUUGAUGCGGCUCAUGGCGAAGAUUUAUGGAGCUAUGCUGCAGAGAAUCCCGCUCACAGCCAGCUUAUCAAUGAGGCAAUGGCUUGUGAUGCUAGGUUGGCGGUGCCUGCCAUGAUUCACGAUUGCCCAGAAGUAUUUGAUGGGCUUGGCAGUUUGGUGGAUGUGGGUGGGGGCAACGGAACCACUUUGCAAACGUUGGUGAAGGCAUUCCCAUGGCUUCGAGGCAUCAACUUUGAUCUUCCUCAUGUUGUCUCGGUUGCGACAGAGUCCAUCGGAGUUGAACAUGUCGGGGGUGACAUGUUUUUAAGUGUUCCAAAGGCUGAUGCUGUUUUCCUAAAGUGGGUUCUCCAUGAUUGGGGAGAUAAGGAAUGCAUCCAAAUCCUUAAGAAAUGCAGAGAAGCCAUUCCAAAGGAUAAAGGGAAGGUAAUAAUUGUUGAAGCAGUGAUUGAAGAAGCAGAAACGAACAAGCUAACUGAUGUGAGGCUGGCUCUAGACAUGAUCGUGAUGGCCCAUACUAAUACUGGCAAAGAGAGGACCUUCAACGAGUGGGGAUUUGUUCUUGGCAAGGCUGGAUUUUGUCGAUACACAGUGAAACCCAUUCGUGCUGUGCAAUCUGUUAUUGAGGCUUUUCCGUAAUAUAUAUAGUGCAUGGAUUUCUAGUCCUAUAUAAUAUAAGUUUGUAAUUUUCUUUCUGUAACGUUGUACAAGACAGGUUGUUUGAUGUAGCUUGCUUCGU